AUGCAAAGUUCAGUUUAUUUUGACCAAACAGGGUCAUUUGCGUCCAGUAGCGAUAACAUUGUGUCGACUACCACCAAUACACACAAUAUUUCUCCCAGUCAUCGUUCCAGUUUGAAUCUGAACACUUCUUCUCAUCCCCAUGAAAUGUCGGGUAGAGGAAGCGCGAGUGGGGAGUUGUAUUUGAAUGACACAAACUCGCCCUUAGCCAUAACAUCUAUGCUGAAUACACUUGCUCUUGGAAGUAUGCCGCAAGACAUUCCAAGCAGCAACAGUAACAACCACGAUAAUAAUAUUAAGGGGAACUACAGCCUGAAAUUGUCAAACGUACCCAAGGAUAUUACCCUUAGAGAAUGCUAUGCAAUUUUCGCUCUUGCUGAAGGUGUGAAAAGUAUAGAAUUACAGAAAAAAAACUCUUCAAACAUUGUCCCUGCCUCAUUAGAAGACGAAAAUGAUAUUUUUAUCAUUGCUAGAUUUGAAUUGUUGAAUCUAGCUAUCAAUUAUGCUGUUAUUUUGAAUUCGAAAAAUGAGCUCUUCGGGCCCAGUUUCCCCAGUAAGACUACCGUUGAAAUAAUAGAUGACACUACAAAAAACUUAGUUUCGUUCCCAUCAUCUGCAAUUUUCAAUGACGCCUCGAGAUUGACUAAAUCAACCUCUGGAAUGAAAAGACCAAGUUUACUAUCGCAAAGGUCUCGGUUUUCAUUUAGUGAUCCAUUUUCCAAUGAUUCUCCUUUAACGCAACAACAAUCCCAGCAACAGCAGCAACAACAACAACAGCAGCAAUCACAACAGCAACAGCAACAGCAACACUCCUCUCAAAAACAUUCACCACAACAAUGUAAUCAACAGCAAACAAAUUCUUCAGUACCGUUAUCUUCUCAAGGCCAGGUUAUUGGGUUACAUUCUAACCAUUCACAUCAAGAUUUGUCCGUGGAACCAUCAAUCCCAACAUCUGAUAUUGGCAAAUCUUUCCUGUUGAGAGAUAACACUGAAAUUAACGAAAAGAUAUGGGGCACAAGUGGUAUACCUUCCAGCAUCAACGGUUACAUGAGCACUCCUCAACCUUCUACACCAACUUUAGAAUGGGGAAACACUUCUGCAUCCCAACAUGGUUCUUCGUUCUUUUUACCUUCCGCGGCAUCGACAGCUAUUGCACCUACGAAUAGCAACACAAGCGCCAAUGCAAACGCCAACGCCAACAACGGGACCAGCAACACUGGCGCUAACACGGUACUCUCUGCUAGCUCGCAGCAGCCGAUGAUGCAAAUUGGUAAUGCAAUGAACACUUCCUUAACCUCUUCUAAUUCAUUGCCUCCUUACGGCUUGAUGUCUUCUCAGUCGCAGCACAUGUCAAAUAUGGUUAACACCUCUGAUAUGAAUAUUACACCUCAAAAACAGAACAGAUUCAUGCAACAACCCCAACCAGAGCAUAUGUAUCCUGUGAACCAAAGCAGCACCCCUCAAAAAGUACCGCCCGCAAGACUAAGCUCAAGUAGAAAUUCGCACAAGAAUAACUCUACUACUUCACUAUCCUCCAAUAUCACUGGAUCUGCCUCGAUUUCUCAAGCUGAUUUGUCACUACUAGCGAGAAUUCCGCCUCCUGCCAACCCAGCUGAUCAAAAUCCGCCUUGUAAUACUCUUUAUGUAGGGAACUUACCCUCUGAUGCUACUGAACAAGAACUAAGACAACUGUUUUCUGGUCAGGAAGGUUUCAGAAGACUGUCAUUCAGAAAUAAAAACACUACCUCUAAUGGCCAUAGUCAUGGACCGAUGUGUUUCGUUGAAUUCGAUGAUGUUAGUUUUGCGACAAGAGCGUUGGCCGAAUUAUAUGGGAGACAGUUACCUCGCUCUACAGUGAGCAGUAAAGGAGGUAUAAGAUUAAGCUUUUCAAAAAACCCAUUGGGUGUUAGAGGACCAAACAGUAGGAGAGGAGGUACUAGUAAUCCAAAUCCUAAUGUAAAUAUGCUUUCGAGUUACAAUUCUAAUGUUGGUCAUAUAAAGAACUAA